CGUUUUAAUUUUUAUUUUUAUAAUGUGAAUUGAUAACAGAGAUCACAGAUGUCAAACCGUUUUCUUAGUUUUCUAUCGUGAUUCCUGAAUGUGAUGGGAAUCAGGGUACUAAUUUAAUGUCUUUCAAAAAGACUGUUCAAUAUGAGAUACAUUAUUUUAUCAUUUUUGUAAAGAGUUAUUUUGUAAGUGUACAGUUUUUGUGAUAAGUUAUCAUCCUAUGUGCUUCUAAUUUUCGAAUUUUAAGUGCUCUCUUAUCAUGGCUCACCAGUCUUUGAUUCAAGAAUAUAUGCAAACGCCCGUUGUUACUAGAGCUUACACAACAGCAUGUGUAUUAACGACAUUGGCAGUGCAACUCGAGAUUGUAUCCCCAUUCCAGCUAUAUUUCAAUCCGAUACUGAUUUUAAAGCAGUAUCAGGUAUGGCGCCUGGUGACUACAUUUUUAUACUUUGGAACAUUUGGUUUCAACUUUUUCUUCAACAUGAUCUUCACAUAUCGAUAUUGUCGAAUGUUAGAAGAAGGAAGUUUCAGAAGGCGUACAGCUGACUUUGUUAUGAUGUUUAUUUUUGGUGGUGUUUGUAUGGUUAUAUGUGCUUUUUUUGUUAAUCUUCUGUUCCUAGGACAGGCAUUCACAAUAAUGCUGGUAUACGUCUGGUCCAGGCGUAAUCCAUUGAUAAGAAUGAACUUUUUCGGCCUUCUUAAUUUUCAGGCACCAUACCUGCCUUGGGUGCUGCUUGGUUUCUCAGUGCUCCUCGGUAACACAGUGUUGGUUGACUUAAUGGGAAUGGCUGUCGGGCACACCUAUUAUGUAAUGGAGGACGUUUUUCCGCUGCAGAGUGGCGGUAUCAGGAUUCUCAAGACCCCUCAAUUUUUGAAGAGACUGUUUGACCGACCUGUGGAGGAAAGGGGUUACUCUCCGCUGCCCGAGGAGCAGCCUGGCGGCUUCGACUGGCAGGCCGAUGCUCCUAAUCAGAACUGAUGGUCGCUAGUGCUCAAUAAAUAUCUUGUACAAAGAAGAAAUAUUGUGCUUUUUAAUAAACACAUACAAAUUAUUGUUUC